AUGUCGCUGAAACAUGUGGUCUUCGUUUGCCUGGUCACCUCCUUUCUCUACAUUCGACUCAUGAAAACGAUGAGCUAUGAUAGUUAUACGGUUCGUUUUUCCGAUUUCUCAAAGAACUCCUUCAGGUGCUCAUAUUUUGCAGACAUCCUAUAUUUAUCUUGCCAUCCUCACAGUCGCUUAUCUUUUCUAUGAGCUGGAUUACAAACGGAGGCGGCUGCCGGAAGGACCGAUGCCGUGGCUUGUGGCCGGCAAUGUGCCGAGUUUCGCAAAGGGUAAACAAACGAUAUUGUGAGAUGACAUCACAUUUCAUUGCGUGUUUUCAGCGAAAAGCAUCGACGACCUGUUUCAAUGUUGGAAACGUCAGUACGGAGGGAUUUUCACCGUUUGGAUUGGCCCGAUACCCUUGGUCAUGGUGAGUCAUCUGAAGAUUCGGAUCAGGAUAAAAAGAACAAAAAGCAUCGAAACAUGCAUGAGAGAAUCUGACCGAUUAAUGACUAAUUUGAGAGUUUUCGGGGGUUUUGCUCUGUUUUUUUCUGUUUUCCAACCUGAUCUGUGAUCAUUCCAGGUGUCCGACUUGCCCACAAUCAAAAAGUACUUCAUCCAACACGCCGACGCCUUCUCAAAUCGGUGGCGAAACUUUGUGACCGACUCGAUUAUGGGUGAGAGUUCUCUUCGUCUCCCACACACUCGCGCACCGAUUAAUAUAAUGACCAAGGCGCCGGAUGACUAUAAUUGAGUGCGAGUUCCGUUUCGAGACACAAAAAGUGUGUGUGUGUGUGUAUUGGCGCGCUUGUUAUACGCUUGACCGCUUCGCAGAUGCUUCUCCCUCGUUUUUUAUUUUGUUUUAUUGCAGAGGGCUCCAACGGAAUCGUCCAAAUCGACGGGGACAAAUGGAGAGAACAGAGAAGAUUCGCAUUGCACACUUUGAGGGAUUUCGGAGUGGGAAGGCCUUUGAUGGAGGAGAUGAUCACUAUGGAGGUGGGGGAAAUUGGAAGAAAGUAUCUGUUGCAAACGGAAUGUUCAGGUGACAACUCUGAUGAACCAUAUGGAACAAUCGUGCGGGAUCGAAGGGAAGGAGAUCCGUCUGUGCCCUUCCAUAGCUGUUUGCGUGGGAAACAUCAUCAACAACAUGCUGUUCGGCAUCCGAUUCAACCAGGAUAAUUCGUACAUGCACAGGUUGCACAGCCUGCUCGACGACCAGUCCCACACAGUCAUGCAGCCGAUCAUGGGGGCCUAUAUCGCUUUUCCGGUCACUUCGAAGAUACCGAUUAUCAAUGGGGAGUGGAACAGAUUAAUGGGAAUCAAGAAGGAGCUGUUGCAAUUCUUGGACUGUCAAAUUCAAGAACACAGAGACAAUUGGAGGGACGAAAUAGUCGAGCAGGAGCCGGAAGAUUUGACAUUCGCGUACAUGAUCGAAGUGGAAAAGAGGAAGAGGAACGGAGAGGACAUUGGAUUCUUCGAGUAACUUCCUGAUCAUAUUCUGUCGUUCACAUACUUUUUCCUUUCAGUGAUCAGCAACUCAAAAUGCUUCUUCUCGACCUGUUCUUUGCCGGAAUGGAAACCACCGUGACCACUCUCAAAUGGGCUUUCCUCUUGAUGGCCAAAAACAAAGACAUUCAAGAGAAAGUGCAAGCGGAACUGGAUAGCAUUGGACGGCCAACAAUUGAGAUUCAACACCGAACAAAGCUUCCGUACACUCAGGCAACAAUCAACGAGAUCCAGCGAGUCGCCAACAUUCUCCCGAUCAACUUGCUGCGGACAGUGGCAGAAGACAUUGACAUCGAUGGGCACAGCUUCCAUAAAGGAGAUCUCAUUAUCCCGCAGAUCUCGAUUUUGAUGAACGACCCGCAAAUAUUCGAGGAUCCGCACGUUUUCAAUCCUUCCAGGUUUUUGGACAAAGAAAGCAAUGUGAAGAGGAUAGACGAGUUCCUUCCGUUUUCGAUCGGUCGGAGGCAAUGCCUCGGCGAGUCUCUGGCUCGCGCGGAGCUCUACCUCGUGUUCGCCAAUCUCAUGAAGAACUUCACAUUUGAAGUAUCUCAAGAAGUGUCUACUGAGGUAACCGAUAUGCUCGACAACUCGAAAACGAAUGAGUUUCCAGAGAAUCCUGGGUCUAACAGUCUCUCCGCCCGACUACAUUUGCACGAUAAACCGACGAAGGGACCAGAAUCUAAAUGUCGUUUUCUAG